ACAGAAAAUAAGCACAGCGAUCCGGAUUGCGAAUACAAGAUACUCUGGAUGUACUGGAUGUACAGUAGAGGCUGUACGAACCUCUCAUUGGAGUCCAAGUACCCCACUUUUCCAGGGCUAUCAAGCGGGGAUGCCAUAAAGUUCAUCACGGUGCGAUCCUCAGUUUCGUGGAGGCAAUCGGCGCGUAGAAGGCGAUCCCGGCGUACCGCACCUAGGAGCAAUUAAUAAAAUUGAAAACGGUUACAUAUACUGUAAUAUAAUGAGCGUUUGCAUAAUUGGGGCCGGAACCGCGGGUCUUUGCUGUGCCCGCCACUCGAUUGAGAAUGGGUUCCAGACGACUGUGUUCGAGCUAUCUGAUCGAAUCGGCGGAACCUGGGUUUACAAUGAGGCCACAGGCGUGGUCAAUGGCAUCGAUGUCCACAGCAGCAUGUACAAAAACCUACGAACAAAUUUGCCCAAGGAGGUAAUGGGCUUUCCGGACUUUGAGAUCGCUGAAAACGAGGCUUCCUAUGUGAGAUCCGACGAGAUCUGCGAUUUCCUGAACCAAUACGCGGACCAUUUCGAACUGAAGAAGCACAUCAAGUUCAAUACCUAUGUUAUUCGGGUGUUGCAAAGGAAAACAAAGUGGCAAGUGCUCUUCAAAGAUUUGGUUACAAACAAAAUAGGGUUCCAGUACUUCGACAAGGUUUUGGUGGCCAAUGGCCACUACCACACCCCAAACUAUAGCCCAAUUCCGAGUAUGGAUAGGUUUAGGGGCGAGUUCUUGCACAGCCACGAUUUCAGAAGUAGGGAGGUUUUCGAGGGUAAAUCCGUUCUGGUCAUUGGAGCUGGUCCCAGUGGGAUGGACCUGUCUAACAUCAUUUCCCGAUCCGCGAAUCGGGUCACUAUAAGUCACCACUUGACCGACAUCGGCCAACAUAUAUUCUUCGACAACGUCCAGCAGAAGCCCGAUGUUCGGGAGCUCGAUGAGAAGGGGGCCUUCUUCGUGGACGGAUCCUACGAGGAGUUCGACACCGUCUUCUUUUGCACGGGCUACAAGUACGCCUUUCCCUUCCUGACCGUCGACUCGGGCAUCCAUGUGGAGGACAACUUCGUCCAGGAGCUGUACAAGCAGUGCAUCAACAUCAGGAACCCUUCCAUGGCUCUGAUCGGACUGCCGUUUUACGUCUGUGCCGCCCAAAUGAUGGACAUCCAAGCGAGAUUCAUCAUGAGCUACUUCACGGGAGCCAACGAACUGCCGUCCACCGAGGAUAUGCUCAAGGAUACCCAAGAUAAGAUGGGCAAACUUUGGGAGGAGGGACUAAGGAAACGCCAUGCCCACAUGCUGGGUCCCAGACAAAUCGACUAUUUCACGGACUUGUCGAAAACGGCAGGAAUUAAGAACAUCAAGCCUGUAAUGACCAAGUUGCACAACGAAAGCAGCAAGUGCUUCAAUGAGAACUUGCUCCACUUCCGCGAGGACAAUUUUGCGAUCCUGGAUGACGAAACAUUCAUUAAGCUCAAUUAGAUCCUGAGUGAACCUGAAUGACCAACCAAUCAACCAAUCAAUCACAAGAAUCAGGUUUAAAAACAGGUAUUUUUCCACUUAACUUUGCUUUGAAAUAAAUGGCAUAUCUAAAACUUGUACUCUAUGACGGCAUAGUUUGAAUAAAUGAACUUUUAUGCUCGA